GCUCACCAUGUUCUUGAUAUCAUAUAUAUAUAUAUAUAUGAUAUAACAUUACAAAAGGUGGCCUAUUUCAUACAAAAAUUUCGGACAGAAAGUGUCCUCCGUUCUGUAGAAAAUUACGAGUCAAAUAAUUUGGUUACUUUUAACGGAUUUCCACUUGUUUCUAAAAUAUUUGAUUUUAGGUGACACUCUCUUCUAUGUACUGCAUUGUUUAAGCAUUCUUAAUUUGUCGAACAGUUGUUGCCAGUGGAAUUGGAGCAGUACUCCUACUUCUCAUACCGUGGUUACACAAGUUUAUUAAGAAAAGGAGGGAGUUGAAGCUUAAGCAGAAAAACUUCCAGAGAAACGGGGGCCUGUUGUUGGAAAAACAGCUGAAUUCUGCUGGUCAAGGCGACUAUAUUGAGAAGAGCAAGUUAUUUAACUCGUACGACUUAGAGAGGGCCACCGAUAACUUCAGCAAGAACAGGAUACUAGGGAAAGGCGGUCAAGGAACAGUUUACAAAGGUAUGCUGGAAGAUGGGAGAAUUGUCGCAGUUAAGAAGUCCAUAACAAUCGACAAAGGGAGAGUUGAGCAGUUUGUUAAUGAGGUAAUCAUUCUCUCAGAAAUCAAUCAUAGGAAUGUGGUGAAGCUGUUGGGAUGUUGUUUGGAAACAGAGGUUCCACUAUUAGUCUAUGAAUUUAUCCCCAAUGGAACUCUUCAGUAUCUUCAUGAUCCAGAUGAGAAUCUCUUAGUGUCCUGGGAAAUGCGAUUGCAAAUUGCAGUCGAAGUAGCAGGAGCCAUCUCUUACCUGCAUUGGGCCUCGUCCAUUCCCAUCUAUCACCGAGAUAUCAAGUCCAACAACAUACUAUUGGAUGAAAAGUAUCGAGCAAAGGUAGCAGAUUUCGGGGCCUUGAAGGUACUCUCAAUCGACCAAACUCAUGUGACCACCAUUGUUGCCAGAACAUUCGGGUACCUGGACCAGGAGUACUUCCGCUCAAGCCAGCUUACAGAUAAGAGCGAUAUCUACAGCUUUGGGGUUGUCCUAGUUGAGCUUCUAACUGAGCAGAAGCCAGGCUCUGUACUGAGACCAGAAGAGCACAGAGGCCUUGUAGCGUACUUCAUUUCAGUUAUGGAGGAGGACCAGCUCUUUGAUAUUGUGGAUGCCCUGGUUCUUUAGGUGCAGGACAAUGUAGGCAGAGAACAAAUUGCAGCAGUCGCUCAGCUUGCAAAGAGGUGCUUGGACAUGAAUGGAAAGAGACGGCCCACGAUGAAAGAAGUGGCGGUGGAAUUGUGUGAGAUCCGCUGAAGAAAUCGAAGAACAGAGGGAGAAAGAGAGAGCGAGAGCGAGAAAUAGAGGAACAGAGAGCUCGAGAUGGAGCUUCGGGAAGAAUGGCGAUGGUCUUACGUUGUCCUCUGCCCCAUCUCUGAGCUGAGGAAACUGAAACUUUGUAUUCUGAAGGCACGUCUUUCUUAAAUAUUAUAUUGGAAGUUGGAGAAAUGGUGGGAAGUUCUGCCAAAAUUUCGGGUCGUGACAAAUUGGAGAGGAUAAGGAUGCAUGGGCGUCGAGGUGGAGAUGUCAAAUAUUAGAGGACUGAAUCAAUAAUUCAAUCAUGGGAUAAUGGUGAUGUUUCCUGACGCAGCGGAACUAAUUGCGAUCUGUUGAUUCGCGCACGAAUACCAGACAACAACCUUCUAUUA